AUGUACAUGACAGCGGGUCACCCCAUAUACACACACACAGACACGGUGACGAAACCCGAUCCCUCAAAACCCAUGAUUCCCGACGUCGAGCUUCCACUCUACAAAUACAACCGCCACGUUCCCAAGAUCGGAGAUAUGGACAGUGGCUACACGGCGAUUGGUGGGUGGAUGUUUGAAGCUGUCGGCCGCGUCGUCGACGUGGAACGCCGUCCUGGCGUCAACCACCCGGACGGGACCUUGGUCUGGGUUGAGCCCAUAGCGGAUCGUAUGGAACACUUUGUCAUCCCAUAUCACACCCCGGAGCUGGCCAUGUUCACUAGCAUCGCGAGCUGGAACUGGGACAUUCCCAGUACUAGGUGCAAGCCACUCCCUAGGGUUGGUGAAGUGGCAGACGGGAUCCGGGUUCUUCCUGAUGGGAUUUGUUUUGUGAGAAGGGGGCGUGUCAUCAAGGUGCAGGAAGACCCCUAUAGGGUUGUUUUUAUUGAGCCCGAGUCCCCUGAGCAUCCUCGAUCCGAAGGGUUUCCUCGUGUCCAGCGGCCAGAGGAUGUUGGAUUACAGAGAGAACCUGUCGUCGAGCGGCCUCACGCAGUUCGAUUCCAAGGAAAUCGUGACUUCGAGCGGAGCGACGAUGUUCCAUCCAACUAA